AUGGAUAACGCAACAACUAAGGAAAAAAUUUUCGAUUUUACUGGUAUAUUUCCCAAUUGUAGAAAUGAUUUUAAUAAUUGUUGGGAAAGACGACUCAGAGAUCUGAGACAAAUAUAUAAUCAGUAUUCCCCGGUGUGCCGUGAUUAUCAAAAUGAUAUUAGAGCAUAUCAUGUUGGUAAUCAAGAUUUUCAAACUGAUUGUAUAGCACUAGGUUUAUAUUUAAAUUUUAUAGAUGAUAAAAAAAAAAGUUCAGUUGAAAAAUUAUAUUUAGAAGCAUCUUGUAAAUAUUUCUUUUACAAGUUAAAACACUUAGUUCACAAACAUAAGGGUACGUGUCAUAAUACAGUUGAAUGUUACAAUGAGUUUAUUAAAAAGAAUGAAAAAAAAGAUGUACACAGAAUAUCAGUGCCCCAAAUUUGCCUUCAAUAUGCCAAUAAUAAUGAUAUUGAUGAAUAUACAUUUAAAAUAUUGGGACAACUUGAUAAUCUGUAUGAUUUAAUUGAGAUUUUUAAAAAGAGAGAACAUAGAACGUAUACCAAUGUUAAAAAAUUUGAUUCGAAUAUUAACAAUUUAGAAAAAUAUUCAGCUACAUAUAAUAAGAGCCUUAAUGAAGAAUUAGAAAAAAUUUUUAAAGUAUUUAAAGAUUUCUUUAACACUUGGUCUACAUGUUGGUAUGGUAAGAGUGCCUUGCCUUACUUCUCUAACAAAUGGAGAGAUAGGAAAACAUUCAGAGGUACAGAAAAAAUCAGAAAUGAAAUUACAAGGGUAAAUACAAGCACGGAAAUAAGUGCAAGUAUAGGAACAAGGACAAGUACAGGAACUAGUACGGGAGUAAUUUUUUUUUGUUUUGCAAUUAUACCAAUUUUGUUUAUUUUGUAUAAAUAUAUAUCUUAUGGAUCAUUUUUACAACCCAGCGUAAGAAAGCUAAAAAGAAGGUUUAAUAAAAAAAAUAGAUAUCAUCAAAACUUAAUGGAUUCAUUUCAUGGGAAAAAACAUAAUUUAAAUUAUAAUGAUUACCGAAUAGCAUGUAUCUCAGAGGACUAA